CGGUUAUAACAUGAAAAUAAUAAUAAUUUAAAAAAAAAACAGCAAAGUGUGCAGAGCUAGCCACUCACACGUCUGCUCCUCACGUGGCGUCACGUGACCGCAAUCUAAAAUGUUUUUUCUUUCUUUCUUUUUUUUUUUCUAGAUUACUUAUGUCAACAUUUCUUAUUUCAAGAAUUUACGCUUUAACGACGCUUGUAUUUAUUUUACUGUUUCCGGUUGCACCACACUUUUUACUUUAAGCCCUAGAAAUAAGCAUCACAAUUACUUUGAACUCAGAAACUGAAGACAUGUUCAUCGUAUUAGGGGAUUAUUCAAGGAUUUCUCUCUUUUUUUUUUUUUUUUUUUUUUUUUUUUUUUAGUAAAGCGUAAAUGACGCCACCUUCAUCAUGGCGACGCGCGCGUACAUAACGCUUUUCAAUAACCUUGCACCAUUAAUCAGCUGGUUUAGUUAAACGGAUUAUUAUAAUGGACAUAAUGUGGGCCCCUAACUGUGAAAAAUGUCUGGACAGUCUUGACUGAAUUUAUUAAAUGUUUUUGUAAUUAAGGUGUCGGUGGCUAUAAUGAUAGUGUAAAGCCUUAUAUUAGAGGACGUGGAGCCUAAACAAUUUAAAAGUCAUAGAUCAAAGGACAUUUACUCUCAUAAGGACUUUUUAGGAACUGUAUCACACACUGGAUUUCGACCUGUCUUCGUGAAAGUCAUGUCAAACACAGGAGAGACGUAUUUCUUUUAAAUAGACGCAAAUUUAUUGUUACUCAAACACAACCUUCUUCAAAACCACCCUGGCGAAUAUUAUUCUUUGGAAGUGACGAUUUUGCUGUAGAAUCGUUGAAACUGCUACAUGCAUCUCGAGAUGACGCAAAACCUGGAAUCAUAAAUUCACUUGAGGUUGUGACAUUGUCUAGUGAUGCUCCAUUGUGGAAGUAUGCAGAGCAGCACAAACUUCCUCUACAUCAAUGGCCAGAUGUGGACUAAAGCGCACAAUUUGAUGUGGGUGUGGUGGUGUCCUUUGGCUGUUUAAUUAAGGGGAACAUCAUUAACAAAAUGCCAUAUGGGAUUCUGAAUGUGCAACCUAGUCUGUUACCAAGGUGGCGGGGACCUGCUCCAAUCUUCCAUACAGUCCUACAUGGUGACAGUGUCACGGGAGUAACUAUAAUGCAAAUAAAACCCAAGGGAUUUGAUGUGGGCCCCAUUCUCCAACAAGAGCUGCACGAGGUUCCAAAGAACUGCAUUGCUGAUGAGCUGGGAGCCACUUUGGCAGUUUUGAUGGACUCUCUUAAGACACCUUCCAGAAAGGAUAGCAAUAGAAAGGAGCAACCUAAAAAUGGUGCAACCUUUGCUCCUAAAAUCAGUUCCAGAAUGGCCUGGAUAACAUGGGAAGAACACAGUUGUGACCACAUUGAUCGACUAUGUCGAGCUAUUGGAUCUCGGAUUCCUUUGAAAACCAUAUGGAUGGGUAAUCCAUUCAAACUUCUGGACUUUGUCAAAUGCAGUGUGCUUUUUCCAGCUGCUCCACAUUUAUCUGCAGUGCCAGGGUCUGUCUGUUAUAAAAAAAGAAUCAAAUACCCUGCUUGUUCCCUGCAAGUUUCUCUUAGGAUGGCUGGGUUGGAUUUAAAACUGUGAAGUUCAAGAUAAAGUUGUCAGCAGCAGAUUUCUUUAAUGGAUAUCUCCACCAGAGUGUGCUGAAGAGAUCUCAGUCUCCAGUAGGACAGGACAGAAAUAUGCUAC